AUGCCGCCGCCGCGUGUCCUCCUGAUCGUCCUCCUCCUGCUCUCCUCCGCGCGCAGCAGCCUGGAGGCGGAGGAGUCGGCGAGGGCCCUCAGCGUCGGCAAUGAGCUGGUGGGCGAGACGAUGCCGCUCCGCCACGGCCGGAGGGUCUACAGGCUCGCCGGGCUGCGGCCGCCCGCGUGGUACGAAGUCAAGAUCUCCUACCCGGCCUCCAUACCGUCCAGCUUUUCGAUUCGGCUCGUGAGCGAUCCUGAUGCUGUGGAGGACCAGGGGAGUAAGAACAGGAGGCUGCUCAACACGGAGAAGAUCAUUUUCCAGGCUGAGAGCACCAAGCCGGUUUAUGUUCUUGUCACGGUGGAGCCUGAGGGUGUGGUUGCGAAGCCAAAUGUAUCGGAGAGAGAGCUUGCCCUGUUCAACAUUGGUAAAGGUCUUGAAAUUUGUAGAACAUUCUUCCAUACAACGAAAUAUAAGUCACUAAUAUGUACAAUGUGUGAUGAACUUUUGCUGGGGAUCCCUUGCUUUGCCUGGUGGGUUGGAAUUGCAGCAGUGAUUUGCCUUGUGUUGGCAUCACUAGCACCGUAUUUCCUCCCGAUCCACAAGCUACUUAACUACGAAACUGCAAAGUCGACCGACGCCGAUGCAGCCAAGCUAUCGUGA